CCAGAUCGCCCAUAGAUACAGCCACCUCCACUCCAAAUCGACACGAGCACCCGCAGGCCGCAGCUCGCGAGCUUGGUUUCAUCCCCUUCUCCGGCGCACUCUUUCUUCCGACCAUCUACAACCGCCGCCGCUUUCGUGCCCUCACCCUGCCCCUCCCCAUCGCACCAGUCUCCUCCCCGCCGCUGCCGCGUGUCGCAUCGCUGCAGCGACCGUCGCCCUGGCGGCGCGCGGGGGCGGCUCCGGCCCGAGUAGAGGUGGGCGGUGAGGCGGCUGGGGACCAAGGGUGGCGAGGCGGCCCAAGUAGAGGAUGAUCUACACGGCGAUCGACACGUUCUACUUGACGGACGAGCAGCUGCGGGACUCGCCGUCGCGCAAGGAUGGGAUCGACGAGGCCACCGAGACCGCUCUCCGCGUCUACGGCUGCGACCUCGUCCAGGAGAGCGGAAUCCUCCUCAGGCUACCACAAGCAGUGAUGGCCACGGCGCAAGUAUUGUUCCAUCGCUUUUACUGCAAAAAAUCAUUUGUUCGAUUUAGUGUUAAGAGAGUUGCUGCUAGCUGUGUUUGGCUGGCAGGGAAGUUGGAGGAGAGUCCAAGGAAAUCAAAGUAUAUUAUCUUUGUCUUCCACAGAAUGGAAUGUAGACGAGAAAACUUGCCAAUUGAACACUUAGAUGUCUUUUCAAAGAAAUAUUCAGAACUGAGGCACGACCUGAUAAGGACAGAACGACAUCUGUUAAAGGAGAUGGGGUUUAUUUGCCAUGUCGAACACCCCCAUAAGUUCAUAUCAAACUACCUUGCAACACUUGAAGCCCCUGAGCUGACACAAGAGGCAUGGAACCUUGCCAACGAUAGCUUGCGGACAACUCUCUGUGUACGAUUCAAGAGUGAAGUAGUAGCAUGUGGAGUUGUGUAUGCUGCAGCUAGGAGGCACCGUGUUCCCCUCCCGGAAGACCCUCCUUGGUGGACUGUCUUUGAUGCUGAUGAAGCAGGAAUUCAGGAAGUUUGCAGAGUUCUUGCUCACCUCUACAGCCUCCCCAAGGCACAAUACAUACCAGUGUAUAAAGAUAAUGAUUCCUUUACUGUUAGAAGGACCUCUGAUUCACAGGCUUCAAAGGAAAGUCCAGCAAAUGCUGUUGCUAGUGAUAAGGGUACCCCUAUACCCUCAGGUUCUAGCCAGGAGAAGGAUUCAGUGACUAAGGCUGGAUCAAACAAGGUGAAAGAAAAAAGUGACGACGAAGGUAAGCCAUUGCCUGUUGAACUCAAUGGAAAAGAAGACCUCACUGUGAACUCGAAGGGUGAGAAGUCAGAGUCCAAUGUUGACCGGAGUCGGGAAAGAGAAAGAGAAAGAGAUAGAUCAAGAGGGCCCCAUGAUGGCAAGGGUAGGGACUCUGAUCGUGAUAGCAGGGGCCGUGGCUCCGAUCACGAGAGGGGUCGGAGGCACCGUUCUAGGGACAAAAGUUCAGGAUAUUCGGACAAGGAGAAGUCAAGGCGCCACUCAUCACGAGACAGGGGUGACUACUACAGUUCGCACUCGUCUCGUGAAAAAGAUCGGCACAGGCACCAUUGAUCAAGCUGAACUAGCUGCAUGGAGACCACUAGUGCGGGUAUCAUCUCAUCAGUCGUGUUGCACUGUACAUGCGAAUGGCACUCCAGGCCAUGUUUCCCUUGUCUCCAUUAUUUUUGCAACUGGAUUUUGUAACAUGCAAGACAAUCUAGCUAUACAGAGCUGUGGGCAACUUGAAUUUGUAGAUAGUGGACAAGAAGCUAUUGGCCGGCGUGCACCAUUGCAUUGCCGUGUUAAAUUGGCAUUGUAACGGAGCUCGUGGAAUGUUUUGGUAAACGUUCGUGUUGCUUGUGAAUACCUUGUUGAAAUUAUAAAAUACAAGCCUCUGCUACGAGGAGUGUCAGGGAUUUGUGCGACU